UGGGCCACGCGUUUUAGUUGUUUGUUUUUUUAAUUUUCGAACACCCCCCUUUCCCCUUGAACUGAACAAAGUGUUGCUAUCCCCAACAAAAACACUUUUUGUUGUCCAACAUUUCUAUUUGGCUCUACUUUUUCCACUUGGCAUUUUGUUACAGCAACAAGUGUUGCUGGCUACCAGCGACAGUUUAUCUAUUUUUACAAACAGAAAAAAAACAGAAAUGCCAACGACAUAUUAGCAGUCUCUCAGUGCGCCUCGGCCACCCAGUGAAGGCUAUCACUGCCGUGACACCAGGCUGCGAUGAUCGUGUCCAACGUGAGCCUGAGCGGCUGCGCAGGGGUCAACAGCGCUCUGUGUGCCGCAGCUGCGGAAGGGCACUUCGAGGGAGGCUCACACCGGACCACCCUCACACCGACAGGGAACCUGAUCGUGGCUGUGUGCCUGGGCUUCAUCGGCAUUUUCGGAUUUAUGAACAACCUGUUAGUGCUCGUGCUCUACUGCCGCUACAAGAUGCUGCGGUCGCCCAUCAACCUGCUCCUGAUUAACAUUGCCAUCAGCGACCUGCUGGUGUGCGUACUGGGGACUCCGUUCAGCUUCGCCGCCAGCAUGCAGGGAAGGUGGCUCAUAGGUGAAGGCGGCUGCGUAUGGUACGGCUUCGCCAACUCCCUCUUUGGCAUCGUCUCUCUGAUCUCCCUGGCUGUCCUCUCCUAUGAGCGCUACAGCACCAUGGUGGCGCCCACCGAGGCGGACUCCUCCAACUACCGUAACAUCUCCCUGGGCAUCACCCUCUCCUGGGUCUACUCCCUCAUCUGGACCAUGCCGCCACUUUUCGGCUGGAGCCACUAUGGUCUCGAGGGUCCUGGGACCACCUGUUCUGUCAACUGGACGGCCAAGACAGCAAACAACAUAUCUUACAUCAUCUGCCUGUUUGUCUUCUGCCUCAUUGUGCCGUUCUUGGUGAUCGUGUUCUGCUAUGGGAAGCUGCUGUGCGCCAUCAGACAGGUGCACGGGAUCAAUUCAUCGUUGAGCAGGAAACGUGAGCAGCGUGUGUUAUUCAUGGUGGCAAUCAUGGUGAUCUGCUACCUCUUGUGCUGGCUGCCGUACGGCAUCAUGGCCCUGAUGGCCACCUUUGGGUCGCCGGGCCUAGUCACACCCGUGGCAAGCAUCAUCCCCUCACUACUGGCCAAGACAAGCACGUUCAUCAACCCAGUCAUCUAUGUCUUCAUGAAUAAACAGUUUUACAGAUGUUUCCAUGCCCUGCUGCGUUGUGAGGCGGCUCCUCGACGAGGCUCGAGCAUAAAGAGCUCCUCCAAGGUCGCCACCAAGGUCAUGAGAGCAGCAGUCACUGGUACACGUCGCAACAACUUUCUAUUAUUGGUAGCCUCCCUGGGUCAACCGACCCCCACCUUGCCCCGACCAGACCCCUCAGUGGAAGUGACCAUUGAUAAUACCAAAGGCCCCUCUUCAGACAUCAACAAACCUGUCGUAUCACUAGUGGCUGAUGAUUGGCUAUAACCAUAAAAUUACUGAGGCUUGGAAAGCAGCAGCCUGCCAAUCCAGGUGGAGUUAACGCUGCGGUUGCAUCAGCUUUACCCCAGCUGGUAGACACGAUUGACCAUUAAGACAGACACCUCUUGAACUGCUUCUGGACAAUUUACUAUCAGAAGCUGUGAGUCUGUGUUUCUCUGCAGAUGAUGAUGUUCUAAUGAUUUUUAGAGAAACAGCCAUCAGACUGUUAUGUUAAUAGAAUAAUUUAGGGGAUCAUUCAUCUUGUGCAAUAUAUAAUGUUUGUAAGUAUUCACUUGUGAAAGAAAUGUGUUCAGAGUGCAAGAACGUUGCAUUGAUUGGUUACUGACUGUAGUUACAGAGUGGAGUUCAAGUCUUUUCUAGCGUAGACAAGCUUAAACAGAUAAGAGAGUAGAGUGAUAGUGGUUAUGACAUUAAAAUGUCUUCUUGGCUUUUUUCCAUUGUCAGUAAUUUGUAUGUAACUGAUCACUUGUCACUUCAAAAUGCAUCAGUAGUUUUCAAUUCUGUUGUUUAAUAAGUCUUUUGAUGGAAGUAGCAUUGCUAGCAGCACAAACAUUUUGUCAGAAAUAGUUACUUAGGAAUAGUGAUGUAGGUGCAUGUUGGAGAGUUGCUGUAUAAUUCCUUUAGAAUGUGCAUGUGCACUUUUUCAGUAUAUCAUGCAAAUGAGACUGAGAAAUACAAUAUCUGGAUAUAUUUAGUGGAUAGCACAGAGAAUAUUGGUACUGGCACAAAUCCUGAAAAAGUAUGUCUUUCUGGACCGUUUUUUCCAUGUGCACACAAUUUGUACAGAAACAGAUUUCACAGCAGUAAAAUAAAAAGGUGCAGUUAGCAAUGCUACGCAAAGAUUGUUGAUAUUUAAAAUCAACUGCCAAACGAAUACAAUCUCCCCUUCAGAAGCUCCACCCCCUAUAUUCACAGAUUAUUAUGACUGGCCGGCCACAUUUUCAUAUGCUGCUUCCCCCCCACUAAAUGUCGCUGCCUGUUGCCAAUUGGCUGGAAAAGUGUUUUGUGGCUUGUGCACUCCAUUCUGUUUGUUUUCCAUGAUACAGUCAGGGAUGUGAAUUAACACCACAUUUGUUUUCAGCUCACACAGACAAUAGAGAGCUAGGUGAUGGUGAGGAGAUAUUUGCUGAAUUUGACAAAAACAGCAUUGGGUUAACAUUUUUCACUAUCUAUAAAUUGCAGGAACGUCCGUCCGUCAUACUCAUCUCUCUCAAACCGUUUGUCCGAUAGAUUUUAAACUUGACAGGCGUCUUGCUAUGGGGACGAGCAAACGCAUUGCCAAGUUUGACAUUGUUUGAAUUAGAAAUGCAAAAGAUAUUGUUUAAUAUAUUUUUUCCGCCCGCCACUCCCCUUUCACACUGAGUGAGCACAGCGAGGACCAGACUCACAGAGAGUUGAAGAAAGCAGCGGAGGUUUGGCAGCAAAAAUGUAAAAUACAACUCAGACCCACAAAAAUUUGCAAAUUAGCAGUACUACCUACUACCGUAUUUGACUCUUUUCCCGGUUCCAACAUUAGCUACAUGAUUGCUGGAUAUACCAAACAUGUGUUUCUUCCCUUUCCUGCAGCACUGGUGGAUAGCUGAAAGAAACAUUGCAACUGUUUAUGGAAUAAAGGUUUUUUCGAAAAAAAAAGGCAAACCCCCUUUUCCCCCUUUUCUAUUUUUUCAUUAAAAAGGGAAACCCCAAAGAAAACCUUUUCCCCAAAAACUAAAAAUGAAAAA